AUGUGUGUGAGCCUGGGUCCCUGGCUCACCAUGGGAGCCGUGCUGAGCUGGCUGUCAGCUCACUUCUACCUACUGCUGCUGCACAAGUCCACACCAUCGACCCACCUCCGACGAGCACGGAGGUCCCUGGAGGGCUCCUCUCUCCUGUGUCCCAGCCGGUCUCUGGAGACAGGGAUCUUGUGCCCUGAGAGGGCAUGCCAUAGGAGGGGAUCUGAGGGAGGUCCCCAUAGCCUGAUCACUUCUGAAGACCUGAAGUCCGGGGGGCGCACUUUUCUCAGCAAACCCCGGAAGAGGGAGUCCGUCACCGCUAAGGAUUUCCUUCGCUCUCGAGAAGGCGACACAGAGUACAAUGGCUCCAAGAGGACACAGACCCCUGAUAUGGACCUAAAACUGAUGCGAUUUGCCCAAGCCCAUCACUCGCUGUCUAGUGUGUUUGGCAACCGGGAGGGCAUGGAGUAUGGGGAAGGCCAUUGGAUUGAGUCUAAACAGCCCUGGAAGCGGUGGAAGAAGGUGGAUGGCCUGAAACGGACACUGUCUGUGCCCAACAGCUCCUUGUCGCGCAGCAGGGACUCAGCAGAGCAGUUGGAGAGGUUCUGCCACACUGAACCCAUCCCCAAACAGGGGGUCCCGCCUGAUAUGGAGGUAGGUCUAUUACGGGAUUUUCUCUUCCUCAAUUAA